AUGUGCUGUGAAUGUUUUUCUGACAUUCUCCUUGUCGUGAUCUCCGUGCUUUUUCCUCCGCUUCCUGUAUGGAUCCGCCGUGGUGUCUGUUCUUCCGAUUCGCUCAUCAACAUCCUUCUUUGUAUUCUCGGAUACCUCCCUGGCUUGAUCCACUCGUGGUACAUCAUCGCCAAGUACCCUCCUGGUGCCUACAACGACCAGAGAAUCUACUAUGUUUACGAGAAUGACUUGGAGAGACAGGGUGGAAAUCACAGACACGAUCAUCACCACACUCAUAGCCAGCAGCCUGGUCCAGUGACUGGUCCUAACUAUGGAGCCACUUCCACGACCCCACAUCAGCCCGGGAUCAAUACAGGAUCUCCUCCAGCGUACACCGAGAUCCCCAAGUAA